AGCAACGCUUUAUUCAAUGAAAACUAUCGAUAUAUUUUAUUCGAUUGUCAGGCGGAGCAUUGCACGGUGUAUUUCUCGUCACAAUAUCCUAAUUUAUGAACAAGUUUUAUACAGUUCACCAUGGCUUCAUAUAUUACUUCUAGAGCUAUUUUAAGUCCUAUUCUCCGGCAGACUUUAAAGAGAUUAAUAUUGUUUAAUGAAUCAUCGUUAUGUAAAUAUCCCGUUUCGAGUAUAUUGUGCAUCAGUCCUCAUCGGCGAUCUUAUGCAACUGAAAAAAAGGUCUUCCUAAGGGAUAAGCCACAUUGUAACGUAGGAACUAUAGGGCAUGUCGACCAUGGAAAGACUACACUCACAGCAGCCAUCACUAAAGUACUUGCUGAUCGAGAUAUGGCUGAAUCCAAGGGCUACGCAGAAAUUGAUAAUGCUCCUGAAGAAAGAGCUCGUGGAAUUACGAUUAAUGUUGCACACAUUGAAUAUCAAACAGAAAACAGACAUUAUGGUCACACGGAUUGUCCAGGUCAUGCUGAUUAUAUCAAAAACAUGAUCACAGGAACUGCACAGAUGGAUGGUGCCAUUUUAGUAGUAGCUGCAACAGACGGUGCUAUGCCUCAAACCAGGGAGCAUUUAUUAUUGGCCAAACAAAUUGGUGUAAACCACAUCUGUGUAUUUAUAAAUAAGGUUGAUGCUGCCGAUCAGGAGAUGGUAGAUUUAGUAGAAAUGGAAAUUCGAGAGCUAAUGAAUGAAAUGGGAUAUGAUGGUGAUAAUGUACCAGUAGUUAAAGGCUCAGCCUUGUGUGCACUGGAAGGUAAAAGCCCAGAAAUUGGUGCUGAUGCUAUUAUGAAAUUGUUGGCAGAGGUGGACAGAUACAUACCAACCCCAGUGAGGGAUUUGGACAAACCAUUCUUGCUUCCAGUAGAAAAUGUAUACAGUAUACAAGGAAGAGGUACUGUGGUUACUGGCAGACUUGAACGAGGUGUUUUGAAGAAGGGUGCUGAAUGUGAAUUUGUUGGGCAUAAUAAGGUUUUGAAGUCAACUGUUACCGGAGUAGAAAUGUUUCAUCAAAUUCUAGAAGAGGCACAAGCAGGAGAUCAGCUUGGUGCCUUAGUUCGUGGAAUGAAACGAGAUGAUAUAAGAAGAGGAAUGGUUAUGUGUAAACCAGGAUCUGUAAAAGCUCAAGACAAUGUGGAAGCUCAAGUUUAUAUUUUAUCAAAAGAAGAAGGCGGUAGACCAAAACCUUUCACCAGUUUUAUUCAACUGCAAAUGUUUUCAAGAACGUGGGAUUGUGCUGCACAGGUUGUAGUACCAGACAAAGAAAUGGUUAUGCCUGGAGAGGAUGCUAGACUCGUUUUAAAAUUAUUCCGCCCCAUGGUUCUGGAACAAGGACAGAGAUUUACACUUCGUGAUGGAUCACUUACUUUGGGCACAGGAGUUAUAACAAAAGUAUUACCACCACUAUCUGAGAAAGAUCGUUUAUUAAUAACAGAAGGCAAAAAGGCAAGAGAAAAGGCUUUGAAAGCUGCUGUUGCUAAAUAAAAUGUGAAUACAUAU